UAUAGCUGCGACCUGUAUGAUACUGACGCUCAUGUCCUCUUCAGACGAGACAACAGUAUGCAUUGCAAUAGACUUCUAUUUCAUCCAAUAAAAAAGUUUAGGAACCAGGGCACGUUGACUCAACUGGAGACAAGAGACACACGCUGUCCCAGACACACACACACACACACACAUAGAAUAAAUUGACAUUCUUGUGGUUUGUAAGCCUUUAUUCUUGGACUGAACGCACUGCAUUUGAAAUAUACGUAGUUGCUAGAUUGAUACGCAUACAUAGUAAGAAAGAGUGAUAAUUGAUGAGGCCACCUGUAUGCUACGAAGAUUUCUUUUGCUUUGGUAUCUAAAAUAGCCUUAAGAACUAUCCUAUCAUGUCGAAUGAGGUGUCGGGUGUUAGUUGUUGUAAAAAUUCGUGUAUUGAUAUUUUGUUUUGGACCGAUCCGUAAACUGCAAAAACUUCCUGUCUACGCCCACCCUACCUACAGCUCUGCUAAAAAAUUUGUUGUCCCUCUUUUUGGAUUCACUUACACCACCUGAUCGAUCCUGAUCCGCGGGUCUGAUACAUCUUUCCUGUACACACGUUGGUUUGCAUUCAAGACAUGGUUUGUACUAGUUUAGAACUAAACUCUGCGGCUACACAUACUCGCCUGAGGAUACAGGUCAAACUGGACGUCGAGUCUAUUCCUAUCCUAUCCUAUCCUAUCCUGAAGUGUGUCUCUGUUUUUGGUAUUGGUUCGGCUUCGAAGUUCAAGCAUCCUCCUGGUCGUGAAAGUACCGUUGAACGCCGCUAGCGGUGCUGCAAAGCUGGACAAAAGCAUUCGCCGAGUACCCACCUGAAUUAUCUAAGUGUUUGAAAUUUACCUCGACUUACUUCUAGUUUUGUUCGUUGCUUGUUUACUUCUACCGCGUAGCUCUGUUAUCUGCAAUCCUUUUUGUUUUUUCUUUGCUCUUCGUCCAGUUGCUUCUAGAACCUGUACUAGAAAAUGAUUAAUACAGGAAUUGGCACUUCUUCUAGAGAACUACAAUGUUGACAAGGACACUUUUCCAACCUAGCAACUGUGACUACAAGGACCUGACCUAACCUCCAACCUAAAUCUAAAUCUAAAUUGAAUCUUCAGGUCCUGAAACAAUGGGGAAAGGUUCUGGAUCGGAUGCGAGCUCCGCAAAGAGCACAAAGUCAAGGAGCACAAAGUCGGACCUAACUUCAUUAAAGGCGUUUUCGGCUGUCGAAUGGAAAGAGUUAUGACGCGCUAAGAGAGUAGUAACGUUAUUCGAAUACUCAAAAUUAGCGAGUAACAAAUACCGGUAACCGAGGGUCUGAGAUUAUUCCCUAGGAAACUCGGUUACUUUAGUUUAUCGAGUACUCCAACAACAAAGGUACUGGUGUUUAUUCCAUCUGUACGACCAUCGAGGCUCCCGUCAAUGCUCUACGUUUUGAAGGGGAAAAGGGUGGCCGUGAUGGUCUGGCUAGAUGGAAUAGGCGCCAUCCAUAACUAACGUUACUCCAACAGCGAACGUGGAUAGUAACCUAGCAUCUAUUGCAGUAACGCUAAUACUUCGUGACGUUGCUAUUGUGGUAGUACUUACGUUAAUAGUAACCUAGCCUCUAGAUUAGCGGGUAGAAAUUGUCAGGGAAACCUUAGGUAGUCUGCCGAAUAGAUUCGCGUCGUGAUCAGUAACCUAACUAUUGUGCGCUAAUAUCUAGUGACCGCGUUACCGCUUUUCUUUUUGUGGCAGUGUUGAGGAUGAAAUAUAUAGGAGCUUGCUCUCUCUUUCUGUUUUUCCUAGAUAGGUACCACACAAAUUGUGUAGGUGGGGAUGACCGAGAUCGUCUUGUCUAUGUGAGAAAGGACCCACGACAGACACCUAAGGGUUUCGACGCGUUCCGGGAAACGCGUAGGACGAUACCACGACCCUUAAUUAUAAUGACUGAUACUAACUCUUCUUUCGGGCCCCACCGUGUCAAAAUUUAGGGUCACCACAAUUUCCAAAUAGAUACUUCUUUGUAAAGAUACAGCGUCUAGAAGAUAUCAUCUGGAUUCUCGUCUUUAUUUCUAACGCUACACUUGCGAGCAACUCCACAUGCAGUGCAAGACGACGCUAGGGGCGUAGCAGACCGAGCUUACGGGACCCAACAAUUCGAUGAUCGAGCGAUCAAUGAUGAUCCCCGUGGUGAUGUCCGUUUUGCUUAUGCUUGCAGUCAACUAUGUAGUCAAUUUAGUUUCUGACUUGGUAGUCAUGAAAUGUGUGGCGUUGUUGGGCACCAUGGUAACGAAUAGACCAACAACGUGAAACGGCUCAAGGAUCUCAAUCAAGAGGUCCACCAAGAUCGUGAGCCAAAUGGUUACAGGAUCAGAGCCACACCAGUAGGAAGACCUACAAGAUCACGCCAAGGGGAUCGCCAUCAGGGUGAUCGCCAUAGGAGUGGGAUACUAUCGGGAUCGAGAACAUCAGCGCCGAGGCCCCUGGCGUAGCAAGUAGCUUGAUACUCAUAGGCGUGAACUGGCACACUUUGAAACUGAACGAGAAUCAUCAAACUGGAUGGACUUGCCCCAACCUUCGCAGGUAUAGGGAAGGGGGUAGCGUUUCCAACGUGACUCCCCUGCGGGUCCAGUUUUCUAGGUUUUCAGUGUUCUAACAGGCGGAGCCGUUUGGGCUGAGUUCGCUCUGUGUUCAUCUGUGAAGUUGAUAGAUUUCUGACUAUCUAAGGCUUAGGCUAUCAAGGUUGUGAUAGAAGUAGUCAGGCGAAUUGUCAAGAAGUCGCUUUGUCCCGCCAUUCGGCUGUUAGUACUAAAUGGGGCGCCAUGAUGUAUAUAUUAGAACAUUAAUUGAGAUUCAUAAGGUGUUGGACAUUAAUAGAGUUUAUGGUGAUUAAGAUUCAGUGGUCUGUGAUCAUCGCUAAUAACACGCUGACGCUGGUACUGCAACUGGGAGCAAGUCAUUAUGAACGGUGUGCGGAUACAGUUUUACCCGGUGGAAGCUGAGACAAGUUCUCUCCUAUCAACGUUUUGACCUUAUCAACGCUUGAAUUCAUGCUUUUGUUUGAAGAUUGGGGCUAGCUCUUUAGGGUUGGACUCGCUCUCACUCGUGUAGGCACGACUGCUGUGACACGGCCAAGAGAGCCCGCAUGAGUUGGGUAAAUGAGUGGCAUUCUAGCGAGAAACGUAGGCCCCUGGUACGUAACUGUUUAAGUGUAUAAUAGUAGUGUUUAAUUGUUUAAAAGGGCGGUGGCAUAUAGUCCCCAGUCAAAAAAAUACAAGGCACCAAAAAAUAGAGGGUCGCCGACGUCCCCCACUGACUGAAUGAAUGUAAAGAGUACUUCUCUCCUCCUCUACUACGCAUAAUUAGAUAAGGUGUUCCUGGCGAUCUUCAUUAUGUUCGAAGAACCGCAGGGAGGCAGUUUUUUUACCUCGAAGGUAUGAGCUAUCACACUUUACUGUUGUAAAGUUUUUCACUCUACUGUUGUAAAGUUUGUAACACACUCUAAUUGCCGUGUCAUCACCGAAAAAGACCCUCGAGACAGCAGAUUGGUUUGGCUGGCAGUCUUAUGGUCUCAACAUCGUGUUAUAUGUAUACAACGUAGUAGAAGCCUCAAUAUUGUAGUUGAGAGUGACUAUUUCUUGUGAUGCUAACAGUACUGCGACCUGCUUUUCCUUCUUUUGAUUCCUGCCAAGCUCUUGAGUUUGGGUGGUUGAUGGAGAUUUCUUUUCCCAAGUUGGGCAAAUGUGGGGGUGUCGAUCUUGGUAUCGCCCGCCAUCUGGUCUCUAGGGUGGUCGAGAAUGACCAUAACAGGGGCACAUACAUACAUGUCAUAGGAGGUUACUAGUGUUCUUGCAGUAAUCUAGAAUCUUCGCCUUGCAGAACCACCUAGCUGGGAGAUCUAGCUGAGUGGUUACUUACGCUUCUGAGGUAGUUCUCUACUGAGGUAGGUCUUUAGUCUAAUAUCCCUUCUAAAACUAAAAUAGGCUUCUAAAACUAAGACACUAGUGAAAAACCAUUUUUGACUUCGACCCUUGACUGUCUUAUCAACCAUGUCUGUCUCUCUCUAUUAGGCAGACCUCCAGAACCUAACCUAAGUCGUCAAAGUAUCCUUCUUCAUAUGUGAGGCGGGGAGCAAGACGGCGACUUGACCGAAUUUAGCGAUAGCUCAGACGAUGAGGGCAGUUUAUUUCCAGGGGGCCAUAUGGCCUCAAGAGGUACUCUACUUAUAGACUUUUUUGAGCUUGUCGCUCCUCUUAAGGCAUGAGCUGAAGGUGUUCACUUGUGAGUUUUGAUCUUCUUCUUCUUGGAAGAACUGACUAUUAUCCUAUCCUCUCCUCCUAUCCCAUCCUAGAUCCGCUCCAUCAUUUAACGAUGAAUCAUUAAGAAUGGAUCAUUUAGCGACCCCUAUAAUAAGGAUGGAGUCCUUAUAUUAUUAGGCUAUAAUAUUACAUCAUAUGCUAGUUAAAGGAUGGACGAACUACAUCUCCUCGGAUCAUAUUAUUAGGAUUAGAGUCAAAGGAUGGAUUAUCCUAUACAGUAUAAUUAUCGUUAAAUGAUGGAGCGGAGAGCUCACUCCUAUCCUAAUUAUAGCCACAUCACCCUCAACAUGUGCAAUCAUAUACGGAGAUGCUAGUCAUUAUAGCCACAUCACCCUCAACAUACGGAGGCGUUAAUCGUUUUAACCAAACCAUUCUCAACAGGGCGAUCAUAUACGGCGACUUUUUUCGGUACAAAGAGGCGACCGAGAUGCUGCUGGAUGCCCUUGAAGGGAGCUGCUUUCGUCGUCGCAUGCAUCUGCCUAAUUCUCCUCUCCCUUGCUCUCGGUCUUUUCUUCUGUUAAGGCUACCACUCGACAACAUUUCGUUUUGGGGAUAUUAGUACUAGCACUCCAACCUGACACCUUCAACCUGCCACCUUCUUCUUUUCUCCUCAAUCCUUUUCCACCUCUUACUGUGAUGUCAAUGUUGAGAAAACCUUUCUAAUACCCCACGAAUGUGCACACUACUACUACUACUACUACCCCUACUACUACGACUACUGCUACGACUACUGCUACGACUACUGCCGCGACUACUGCUACUCCUCCUACUACAGUAGAUGUUUAACGAAUAAAUAAAAAGAGCCGGCUCUUUUUCCCUCAUAUCCUAGGCUAGUCCCUCCAUCCAAUACAGAUACCGCAACUUCUUCUAACGCUUCUGCGGCGAAGACGAGGCGCCUGCGGGGAAAGGAAAGGCCGUUAUAAGCGGGACGCCUAGAGUUAUGUUUUCUUUCCACACAGUCAACACAGUGUUAGUCUAUUCACGCAACCUAUUCAUACAGUCACAGUGCUACUCUGAGGAGUAUGCCAGGAGUUAUUCUUUUAACCCUAAAUAUACCUCUUUCCUUUUUUUUCCUGGAUAUGUGCGUGUCUACCAUACUAGUAUCAAUUCGUAUGAAUAA